AUGUGCGAGACGUCGUCCUAUCGGUUAUACUGCAAGGGUCUGGUGAGUGAAGAGGUGGUUAAGGACGAGACUAGGCAGAUCGGUGGUUUUGGUGUGGCCAUCUGUGACCCCGAGGAUAACCGACUAUAUGAGAUGAAGAAAGCUCUGGGAGAUGAAGAGUCCACACAGCAGGAGGUUGCGGAAUUGGCGGCCUUAGUUUAUGGGUUGAAGUGGGCGUUGGAGCUCGAUUUGGCAAGGGUCACAUUCUUCUGUGAUGAUUCCAAUAUCUUAGAAUACGUAACAGGUAAAGCUGAACCAAGCGAGUCCAGUGUAGCAACACUUGUGAAGGAAGUGGCUCUUCUUCAGAGCAGAUUCUCUUGCGAAGCACUUCCUGCAUCUGUGAGCAGGGGUGGCAUCGCUUUUGUCCUUGAGCAUGCCAGAGCUGCUAUAGUUUCCCAGAUCAGGUGGCGUGAAGGUGACGUCUACAUGGAGACUUGUCCAAUAUGCUGUGAAGACGUCCCAUGUGAUGACAAGUUUGAGGUACCUGGUUGUUUCCACCGCUUCUGCGUUGCUUGCAUUAAGAGACUAGUCGACGAGGCACUAGAUUGGCAUAAACCAGCAAAGUGCCCAAGCUUGGGUUGCAACUCGGUACUACACAGCGAGGAUUGUGAAGGUGUUUUGGAUCCUGGGCGGGUUAGAUACAUGACUGAAUAUCUUUCGGAGGCUGCGCUGCUUGAUCAUAUGACCCGACAAGAGGAGAGGAGGAUCAAAAAGCAAGAGACUACAGGCUGUCCGUGGCCGCCAGUCGAAUGUACGGUUAGAAUGGAGAAGACCAAGCUAAUUGAAUACUCAAAAACGUUCUUCGCUGAUGCUGAGCUUUUAGGAGGAGCCAGAAAGUGCAUGGGAGACUUAUAA